CCUUUACAACUCGCGGUGGCUCAUCGAUGUAUCGAGCCAGUGCUGCUAUCCUCCUAGAUAAGUCUGGCACCAAUUUGCCGACUCCGGAAACGUGGAGGGUUUGACGAGCUUGGGACACGGUGAUAGAUCACUUGAUUCGAUUGGUGAAGAGAUCCCGGAAAAUUAUAAAGGAAGUCGCAAAUUUACAGCCACCUUUGGUCAUCUGGCACUUUAUAAACAGCAUGGAGAAGAUGAACAUCAGGCGUCGUUCAUUUCUGCCUAUACCACACCCGGACCGAUGGAACGCGCCACCAGCAAUCACAAAAAGGCGAAUCUCGGCGUGAUGCUUGGUGUCUAUCUACCAACAAUUCAGCACAUUCUCGGUGUGACGAUGUUCAUUCGUCUGUUUUGGGUAGUCGGAAUGGCUGGACUAUGGUGGACGAUGGUCCUGUUGGCGAUCUGCUGUACUUGUUUGUUACAGACUCUACUCACGUCAAUCUCUCUCUCGGCCGUCGCCACGAAUGGAGUCGUCGAAAGUGGCGGUGCUUAUUUCAUUAUCAGUCGAAAUUUGGGAGCGGAAUUCGGUUCAGCAGUUGGUAUCUUGUUCUAUUUGGCAAACACCGUUGCUGCUUCGAUGUACAUCGUUGGAGGUGUCGAAGUUUUGUUGAUGUACAUCGUUCCUGACAUGGCGAUUGGUGGUAGAGAAGCAUUGCACGACACCGACCCGUUUGGAUCGCUCUACAACAACUAUCGAAUCUACGGCACUAUAUUCCUUCUUGUUCAAGUUAUCAUUGUGGCCAUGGGAGUGAAAUUCGUUCAAUUAUUGGCGCCGGUACGAUUGGCUCUCUACUUUUUCGGAUUUAUCUCUCAUCAGGUUUGCUCCCUCGACAAUCGUCUGAUCCAAUCGGCGGUACUCUACAAAAAUCACAAUUCUUCGCACAUAAGUCAUGAUUCCUCGCACUCAAACUACACAGAACCCACUAUUUGCGACGUCUGCGACAAAAGCCCAGGUCUUACACAUGUUUUUUGUGAUUCUGGUGUGUUUUGCUCGGAAUACACUAAAGUGAAAAUCGCAUGCACGCAAGGAUUUCCCGGAUUCAAUAUGACUACUCUACGAGGCAAUUUGAACCCCGGCUACAUGGAAAGGGACGAAGUCCUUCCUGGAGUGCCUGGAAAGCAGGACGCAGAAGUGGUUCAGGAUGUGACGUCGACGUUCUUUCUGUUGUUAGCGAUUUACUUCCCAGCUGUGACAGGUAUCAUGACCGGCACUAAUAUGAGCGGUGAUUUACGUGAUCCACAACGGUCCAUACCUAGUGGAACGAUAGCGGCUACGGUGACCACUUCAUUCAUCUACUACGCGUUGGCGGUGACGUUCGCAGCCAGUGUUGACCGAGCAGUGCUUAGAGACAAAUUUGGCCGAUCCAUAGACAACAACAUGGUGGUGUCGACGCUUGCGUGGCCGUCACCAUGGGUUGUCACCGUCGGCUCGUUUCUCAGCACGUUCGGAGCUGCUCUUCAAUGCUUAUGUAGCGCUCCACGUUUGCUGCAAUCAAUCGCCAAGGACGAUGUAAUUCCGAUCUUGGUACCGUUUGCACGCGUAACAUCGAAAAACGAGCCGUUUCUGGGGCUUCUUCUGACGACAUUCAUCGCCGAACUAGCAAUACUGCUGGGUGCAGUGGACAAAAUUGCCGAGUACAAUUCCAGGUUGCUGUCACUAAUGGGUGCUUUCUUAUGCUUCUUCAUCAUGUUCGCUUCCGACUGGCUUUUAGCACUCUCCGCUUGUGCGAUAACGUUUAGUAUCUAUAAAUACGUGGAGUGGAAAGGAGCUAAAAAGGAAUGGGGAGAUGGUAUGCGUGGUUUAGCUCUCACCACUGCCCAAUACUCUCUUCUAAAGGUCGAGGAUAAGGAUCCACAUCCGAAGAACUGGCGACCACAAUUGCUUAUAUGCCUCUUAACACACUGGUCCAAGGAACUUAUUGAUCUGAGAGCGAUGUCCAUGCUCAAUCUUGCUGCUCAGCUUAAGGCCGGACAAGGAUUGGCUAUAGCAUGUGCAUUCCUGAAGGAAUCAUCCGAUGUCGCAAAAGACAAACUUCAUGCACAAGAUGUGAAAGAUCGUCUCACAAAGGACAUGUCGAAGGCGCGAUUACGCGGAUUUGGAAAAACUAUUUUCUAUACAGAUGAGCAGAUGAGCGGUUGCGUGUCUGCACUCUACCAGUCUAUCGGCAUUGGCGGUCUACGUCCGAACACCGUGCUUUUAAAUUGGCCUAAGGCUGACGACAGUAGCGAGAUUAAACUAUUCACAGAGAAGAUCAUCUUUGGCGUGACAAAUGACUACUGCAUGCUCGUGGUGAAGGGUAUUACAGACUUUCCGGAUGCUAACAAUCGGCUCACUGGAUAUAUCGAUAUUUGGUGGAUUGUGAUGGAUGGUGGAAUUCUAAUGCUUAUCGCAUAUCUUCUCAAGCAACAUAAGGUAUGGCGUGGCUGUACGCUUCGAGUAUUCGCUAUCGGUGAUAGCGAUAUCACUAAAAAUGAGGAUAUUCGUAAAGGAUUACAAAAAUACAUCUACAUGCUACGUAUCGAUGCUAAAAUUUUUAUGGUGAACCUCCUCGAUAUGGAAGUGUCGGACGAAGUUGUAGAGAAGACGGCGGAACUCGAAAAACGUCAACAAACUAUCAAGAACGACAUUCAAGACUUCUUAUUACAACAGGUGCAUAAGAUGAACACCGCUGUACGUCUCAAUCAUGUCAUUCGCGAAAAUUCACCGUCGUCACAACUGGUGCUCCUUAAUCUGCCGCGUCCACCGAAAUUCAGAGCUACAUUCCAGCAUUCCUACAUGGUGUAUCUUGAUGUGCUGACUGAAAAUCUUCAACGAGUGUUGUUCAUCGGUGACAGUGGCAAAGAAGUAAUCAGUAUCGAUUCAUAA